UGCCGUUUCCUUUUAUUUUUUUUUUACAUUGAAAAAUCUUGAUUUAUUUAACUUGAAAAAGAUAAUUUAUUCCAACUUGAGUGUAAAAAUCAUACAAUCUCUCAUUUCGGCGAGAUAAGAGAUAUAAUGUCUAUUUAUAUUCGAUUCUUUUGAUUUAGCUGUAUAUAAUAUAUAUAUGAUAACAAUGAUAACAUAUGGAUAGAUUAAAAGUAUAACCUAUACUUCGCUAUGCUUGUGGCAAAAUUUCUCUUUGGCGUUUGCUCGCCAGUAUUGUUACGGUAAUGAGAUCAGUAAUUACGUGCACUUGCUGUCUGUGUGCCUGAGAAAUAUAUGUGACUUUGUAAUAUAAAUGCAAAUAUGAGAAGUGGAACAAACUGUUAGAAGUCUAACAGUCUCAAGUUUGCGUGUCCUGUCUCAAGUAUUGCGAAAGGUUCCUCGGAUUUAGGAGGAAAUGGCGAUGACCGUCGGUUCCCUGUUUCGCAAUAUAAACAGAGCGUUUUAUUACUCCACCUCCAAGCAUAUCGCCAAUUCCAACUCGGACACGACGGAGUCGCGUGAUGACGCGAGUAGGGAUGAUUGGAGAGCGGAGCUGCGCGACACCAUGAGAGUCCUGCCGAAUUUUAUCAGCGAGAACGAGGAGGACAGCCUGAUGCAGGAGGUCGACCCCUACAUGAAACGACUGCGCUACGAGUACUCGCACUGGGACAAUGUGAUACACGGCUACAGGGAGACCGAAUGGAGGAAGUGGAGCGAGGACAGCUCGCGGAUUCUCGACAGAGUCCGUACGGUGGCAUUCCCGCCCAAGACGAUACACCUCUCGCUCGUGCACAUAUUAGAUUUGGCUCCCGAGGGUUGGAUAAAGCCGCAUAUUGACAGUGUCAGGUUUUGCGGCGGCAUCAUUGCAGGAUUGAGCUUGCUGAGCGACAGUGUAAUGAGAUUGGCAAUGGAGGGACACGAAAAGGAACGUGUCGCGUGUUUUCUGCUGCCAAGGCGAUCGUUGUACAUCAUGAGCGGCGUCGCGAGGUACAAGUACAAUCACGAGAUCCUCAAGUCCGACAAAUCGUACUUUGAGGGACGACACGUACCGAAGGGCAGGCGUAUCUCUAUAAUAUGCAGAAGCGAAGCCGAUCGCGAGGUUACUUAAUCCACCCGAUUACGUAAUCUGGACAUGACAUUGUCGAAAUACCUCUGUAAAUAUCUAAAAUUUAUUCUAGCUUUCAGCUAAAGCUGCAGGAACAAAUAAUUGUUAAUAAAAUAUAUUGUUUGAAAUUCGAA